UUGACAAGGAUUGGUGGGCCGUAUUUAGGUACCGCCCACUGAAUCUUGAUUGACGUUUCAUCCCACAGUAGUUGCCCUGAAUGCCGUGCCAUUGACCAAUCACAGGUUGGGAACCAGUAAGUGGGAGGGGAUUGCCCAGACUGAGAGGUUUGGUCAAUAGCAAGCUAGGUUGCCGGUUGUGUUGAGAAGGUAUCCGUGUGACGUAUAUGCUGCUGCUGCUGCUGCUGCAGUGAUAGUGAUGGGGAGAGGGGAGCGAGGCCAGUGACCGGGCUACAGCGGGGGAGGAGGAGGCGAGUGAUAACGUUGGACGGGCGUUUAUAUGGGUGUAGCCUGCGCCCGAAUGGCCGUGCAUUUUGCCGGGAUUGGGGGUUCAUAGAGGUGACCCGACCUUCCCGUUUCAUGAAGAGAAGAAUCUCCUCCCUGUUAAUGAGCCGGGAAUCUGUCAUGUGACUUUCUCCUGCCGCUGUCCGGGAGCUUCAGCCUCUGGGUAAAUGGAAGUCUCCUCUGGGAGCCGGAUGAUAUCAAGUAACGGAAGAUUUGCUUAGCAGCUCCAACAGCAACUGCAAUGAGCGGAGGAGGAGAGCAGCCGGAUAUACUUACUGUAGGAAUCCUAGUCAAGGAAAGAUGGAAAGUGCUACGCAAAAUUGGUGGUGGUGGCUUUGGAGAGAUAUACGAUGCCGUGGAUUUGCUUACAAGAGAGAACGUAGCCUUAAAAGUGGAGUCGGCCCAGCAACCAAAGCAGGUUCUGAAAAUGGAGGUUGCGGUCUUGAAGAAACUCCAAGGGAAAGACCAUGUAUGUCGAUUUGUUGGAUGUGGGAGAAACGACCGAUUUAACUAUGUAGUCAUGCAGCUGCAGGGUCGCAAUCUGGCAGAUCUACGCCGCAGCCAAUCCCGAGGUACUUUCUCUAUUAGCACUAUGCUUCGCCUUGGCCGUCAGAUCUUGGAAUCCAUAGAGAGCAUCCAUUCUGUUGGCUUCUUACACCGUGAUAUAAAACCGUCCAACUUUGCCAUGGGACGUUUUCCAAGCACCUGCAGAAAGUGUUACAUGCUGGACUUUGGCCUUGCGCGGCAAUUCACCAACUCCUGUGGGGAGGUCCGUCCGCCACGAGCUGUUGCUGGAUUUCGUGGGACAGUUAGAUACGCCUCAGUAAAUGCACACAGGAACCGGGAGAUGGGUCGACAUGAUGAUCUGUGGUCUCUUUUUUAUAUGCUGGUAGAGUUUGUUGUAGGCCAGCUUCCCUGGAGGAAAAUAAAGGACAAGGAACAAGUUGGUUCGAUCAAGGAACGGUAUGAGCAUCGCCUAAUGCUGAAACAUCUUCCUCCAGAGUUUUCAGUCUUUCUUGAACAUAUCAUCGGGUUAGACUAUGUUACCAAACCAGAUUAUCAGCUACUUGUAUCUGUUUUCGACAAUAGCAUGAAGACGUUUGGGGUACUGGAAAGCGAUCCAUUUGACUGGGAAAAGAGUGGCUCGGAUGGCUCUCUAAUUACCACAACAACAUCAACUACGCCUCAGCUUCACACGCGUCUGACCCCUGCUGCUAUUGGAAUUGCAAAUGCUACCCCUAUUCCUGGAGAUUUGUUGCGUGAAAACACAGACGAGGUCUUUCCUGAUGAGCAGUUUAGUGAUGGAGAAAAUGGAAUUCCAGUUUCCCCAGAGAAAUUACCUGGAUCUCCAAAUCAUCAGCGUCUGCAGGAAAAAGAUGUCUGGGAAGAAAUGGAUGCCAAUAGAAACAGAAUAAAAAUGGGUAUUUGCAAGGCAGCUACAGAGGAAGAAAACAGUAAUGGUCAAGGACAUGGUCAUGCCCCAAGCCUUGGUUCUCCCAUCCGCGUCCGAUCAGAGACAGCACAAGACAGAGACGUUCCGCUUUUGCGCAAAUUGCGCACCAUUCAUAACUAUGAGUUGGAGCGGCGAAUGACUCUCGAGUCCAAGCCAGAUGCUGACAAAUUUGUGGACAACUGUGUGGAAAAAACACAGAAAGACGCGAACACAGGAGGAGCGUAUGCUGAAGGAAGCUGUACUUCACUGCGGCAGCCUAAGAAGACAGUUGUUCCCUCAACAGCUGAUCAUGCCUGGCAUUAUGAUGAUGAAUAUUUGCCUGGGGGCUCAAAACCAGGGUCUGCCAGUUCCCGGGAGCAUCUUGAUGGUGCAGGUAGUAAUGGAUUUAUAGCAGUUAAUCUUAGUUCCUGCCGGCAGGAGAUUGAUUCUAAAGAGUGGGUUAUAGUGGACAAAGACCGUGAUUUGAAAGAUUUUGGAACAAAUCCAGGUCAGAAGCUAACAGGAAGUCCAUCUGAAGAGGAACCAGAGGUUCUUCAGGUGCUGGAUGACUCUCCUCAAGAAUAUCAUUCCAAACUGAGCCCGUGGACAAAUAAUAAUACCCAUAAUAAACUAGAUCCAGCUGUAAGACUUGAAGUGGUGGCUUCUGCAGGGCCUUUUACAGAUAAGUUGGAACCCAUGUCAGCUGCUGUCGGACAGUUGUUUGCUGCUACUCCAACAAGUCCAAUGGAAGCUCAAGCUGAAGGUGCUCUGACUCCAAUGACAAUGCCCCGACCUUCAGCAACAUCUACACAGUCUGCUUCAGAAAGCUUUCCGUAUGGCCCAAAUUUGGAAAAGCGAGAUCGGGACUCGCACCUUCAAGAAAUGCUCUCUCCACAGGAAAACGUAACAUUGUACAGACCAUUAGACGACGGGGUAGCCUGUCCAAACUUGGCUUUGCAUUUGGAUAAGACUAGCCAAGAGAAGACAUGUGUCAAGAAUCAAGUUAUAGGCCAAACAAACGUGCGUGACAAUUUGUUGGAAGGUAAACAUUGUGUUGAUGAAACUCCUGUGAUAUCUGAUUCUGGUCCUCUACUUGGUCACCUGUAUGCCAACAAAGAACAGAGUGAUAAAGUAGCAGACCAACAGAGUUGUGCAUCUCUAGAGCAGAGCAGGCCUCAAGGGGCUAUUUGCCCAGCUAUUGUAGCAACACGGACUUUAGGUGCUGUGCCAAAUAAAGCCUUACAUGUUGAUGUACAGAAGCCAGAAGCAAUUCAGACUGUUACAAUUUCAUCGAAACAAGCUGAUGAUUAUAUGGAAUUGUGUAUUGUGAGUCCACUAAGAGACAUUCAACAAAAUGGUUAUCAUAAUGUGAAGGACAUCGUUGUAACUAAUGGCUUCCUUGAUCACAACAUGUUCAAUGAACAAGGUAAUGAAGAGCAAAAAAGUGGGGAGCAGAUGCAUGCAAAUGAUCAUUCUCAGCAGUUCAAGAAGUCUAGACACAGCAGAAUUCCAGUUUUAGCUCAGGAGAUUGAUACGGCGUCUGAAUCCUCUUCUGCAAUCUCUGCCAAGGAGAAGCUUUUACUGAAAAAGGCACACCAGACCGAUCUUGCAAGGCUGCUAAUGGAGAAGAGGCAGAUAAAAUCAUUUUUUGGUGACCUCUCAAGUGCCUCGGACAAGUCUCUGGAGGAAAAAUCAUCACCAGCAGCGGUACAGUUAUCGGAUGAUGAUAAUUUUUCUUAUCCUAAAGUGAUCACAGAUUCUAAUGUGGUCAAGUUUUCUGAGGAUGGAACUAUAACAUCACAGAGCCCUCCAUCAAGAAAGAGCAAAAUUCCACGUCCAGUAUCUUGGACUAGUAAUGACCAAAUUACUAGUUCUCAUACAACUCAGUUCAUUCCCAGGCCACCACCUGGAAAACCACCUACCCGCCCUGGGGUGGAAGGCAGGAUACGACGGUACAAAGUUUUGGGGAGCGGAAACUCUGACUCAGACCUGUUCUCCCGCCUUGCUCAGAUUCUUCGAAAUGGUACCCGUUCCCAAAAAUCCCGCAGCUCUUCCCAGUGUAAGAGUCCUGGAUCACCCCACAGUCCUAAAACACCUCCAAAAAGCCCUGUAAUUCCCAGACGUAGCCCAAGCGCCUCCCCUAGGAGCUCCUCUUUGCCCAGAACCAGCAGCUCAUCAUCAUCAAGAGCUGGACGAACACAUCAUGAUCCCAGGAGUUCUUCCCCACAUGUGGGCCGAAGCAAGUCUCCACCUAGUCUUUCCGGUUCGUCUUCUUCGAGGAGGUCCUGUCAGGACCAUUGCUGCAAUAAACAGAGUAAAAACAUUUCCAAAGGUCCAGGAAGUGGACAUCAUCCCACCAGCAGCAAAGCCAGUCGAGCAAAGUCCUCCUCUCGAGAAAGCAAAGUGUCAAAUAAACUCAGCAGAUAGUAA